AUGCCCAUACGAUUCACGGUGGUGGAUCUCACCUUUCCCUACAACGCUAUCAUGGGGCUUCCGCUGAUCAACAAAAUCAAAGCCGCAAUCUUCCCUCAUCAACUCUUACUACAAUUCGAGCGGGAUGAUGGACGAGUGGAUAUCCUCAAAAGGGAUCAGCUGCGACAUCAAGGAAGAGAGCGGAUAGAGGCCGCUCGAGAAGAAGUGGAGAAAUUGCUGAAAGCUAGAUUCAUCAAAGAAUGCAAGUACUCCGAUUGGCUCUCAAACGUCGUCCUCGUGAAAAAAUCGAACGACAAGUGGAGGAUGUGCGUCGACUUCACGGAUCUGAAUAAGGCUUGCCCCAAGAACGAUUAUCCUCUUCCAAAAAUAGAUCGUUUGGUAGAUUCCACGGCAGGCCACGCUCUACUGAGUUUCAUGGAUGCUAACGCCGGCUACCACCAGAUCCCCUUAGCCAUAGAAGACCAGCCACAUACGGCCUUCAUUACGAAUGCCGGAGUAUACUGCUACAAAGUUAUGCCCUUCGGGCUAAAGAAUGCUGGAGCUACUUACCAGAGAAUGGUCAAUAAGGUCUUCCAAUCUCAGAUAGGCCGAAACUUGGAAGUAUACGUGGACGAUAUGAUCAAAAAAAGCAAGCAGGCGUCCCAACAUGCCGCGGACUUACACGAGACGUUCAACACCCUCCGAAAACAUCAAAUGAGACUCAACCCUGAAAAGUGCGUGUUUGGAGUCACCGGUGGGAAAUGCCUCGGUUUCCUUGUUGACGAAAGAGGAAUAGAAGCCAACCCUGACAAGAUACAGGCAAUCCGGGACAUGAAGUCCCCGGGGUCCGUAAAAGAAGUUCAAAAGCUAACAGGAUGCGUAGCUGCCUUGGGAAGGUUUCUAUCAAAAUCCGCGGACAGAUGUUCGCCCUUCUUCAAAACCCUCAAGCAAAGCAAGUUCGAAUGGACAAGUGAAGCCGAAGAAUCCUUCCAGCAGUUGAAAGAGCACUUGUCCUCUUUGCCGAAACUGGUUUCGCCAUACAACGGGGAAAAGCUGGUCUUAUACGUCUCGGUCUCCGAAUACUCUCUGUCAGGAGUACUGAUCGCCGAAAGAGAAAAGAAGCAAUUCCUCGUAUACUAUGUGAGUCACGCCUUUCGAGGAUCUGAGGGAAACUACAGCGAAGUAGAAAAGGAAAAAAAAUCAAGCUGCGUCACUGAUUGGGCUAAUCAACUUGCAGAUUUCGGCAUCGAAUACGAACCACGAACAGUGAUCAAAGCACAAGCCUUGGCGGACUUCAUCGCCGAAAGCACUAUCCCCGAACAUCCUGAGCCUAAUCAAGAAUGGAAGUUAAAUGUGGAUGGAUCCUCGACACAAUCAGCAAGCGGAGUUGGGCUGCUGAUCAUGUCUUCUGCCGGGGUCCGUAUGGAGAGAGCGGUCAGAUUCGAGUUCGCGGCCUCUAUUAAUGAAGCGGAAUACGAAGCAUUACUCAUGGGGCUCAAAAUCUGCAAUGAAGCAGGGGCGAAAGUAUUAUCCACUUUUUCUGACUCCCAGCUAAUAGUCGGACAAGUGAAUGGAGAAUUCGAGGCUAAAGAUGAUGGCAUGAAGAUGUACUUGCAGCAAGUAAAAGAAUUUGUCAAGAUAUUCGACAAAUUCACAUUGGUCCACAUCCCAAGAUCUCAAAACGCACAAGCCGAUUCCCUGGCAAAACUCGCCAGCUCAGCUGAAACAUCCGCAGCUCGCGAGAUUAUCUGGGAAGUUCUUCCAAACCCCAGUAUCAAUCUCAUGGUUAACACCAUUGAUAGAUCAGGAAUGUGGAUGGAGCCAUACAUCAAAUUUCUGCGAAAUCAGAUGCUCCUCCAUGACGAGAAUCAGGCCAAAGUGCUUCAAAAGAAGAAGGAAACUACAUCCUUCGCGAAUUACAUGAAGGCGGAUGCAGUAUACAUCAAGGAGUACGAACUGUCAUUGGCAAAGUUCUCAGAAGCGGAUAUAAUUAGCCCUCUCUCAGAAAAUACGCGGAAACCUUGGUCAAGCGAUGCCCCGAAUGCCAAUACCACUCAAAGAUAG